AUGCGUUACUUGGGACACAUUAUCACUCAGAAUGGCAUUAAACCAGAUCCAGAUUUAAUUAAAUCAGUGACAAACUUUCCUCAACCGAAAAAGAUCAAAGAUGUUCAAUCAUUCCUUGGUUUAACCGGUUAUUAUCGUCGAUUCAUCAGAGAUUACUCAAAAAUAGCCGAACCAUUAUUACAACAGCUGCGAAACUGUCAAAAAGGCAAUCAUCAUUUAAAAUGGUCAAAAGAAUGCACCGACGCCUUUGAAACAUUAAAACAAAGAUUAACAAACGCACCAAUUAUGAACACACCAAAUUUCGAACAGCCGUUCAUAUUGGAGCUCGACGCUUGUGAAUAUGGCCUAGGGGGCAUAUUAACACAAGAAUAUGAUGGGGAAAAAUAUGUAAUAGCUUAUGCAAGUCGAACAUUAUCAACUGCCGAAAGAAAAUAUGGAGCGACAGAGCGUGAAGCAUUAGCCAUUGUAUGGGCAACAAAAUAUUUUCGUCCAUACCUCGAAGGUAAUAAAAUUUAUAUUAGAUCAGAUUGUAAAGCAUUAGAAUGGAUGCGUACGGCAAAAGAUGUAACAGGUCGAUUAGCCCGGUGGGCGAUGAAAUUAUCUGCUUAUCAAAUUGAAGAAAUCAAAUAUCGUCCGGGAAGAUUAAAUGCUAACGCCGAUUCGUUAUCACGCAAUCCAUUAUCAAAUAAUGAUAUUAAUCAACUCGAGGUGUCAACAAUCGAAACAGCUGUUAACUUAUGGCAGAAUACAAACAUUCUUGAUGAUAUAAGAAAAGAACAAGAAGCUGACUCCAAAUUAAAACCAAUAAUCGAAUUAUUAAAAACAAAACCAUCAACAGAUUUUAAUGGUAAACGUAGUCCCUACAUUCUUAUAAAUGGACUACUAUACAAAAUUAAAAACGCCAAUAAACAUUACAAUCAACGUAUCGUGGGUGCAAAACAUCUGCUAGUUAUUCCAAGAGCAAUGCAAAAUAAACUAUUGGAGUGGGCACACGAUCAUCCAACAGCUGGACAUGGAGGCCAACAAAAAACAUUAUUUAGAUUGUCAACAAGAGUACAUUGGAUAUCAAUGAGAAAAGAUGUAUUUAAUUACAUAGCCGCAUGUCAAGAAUGCCAACAAUUUAAAUACAAUAACGCUCCAACAGCAAGUCCAAUGCAAAU